AUGAACCUCGACGCAAAGCUGCUCUCGUCGCCCCGCACACAGCUGGCCUUGACGGCGCUCGUGUCGGGCGUGGUGGUGGGCUCGACGAUCCUAGCGUUCCAGAGGGUGAACCGGCUGUCGAAGGUGAAGAACUUGAAGGACUCGAUCCCGAAGAGCUCGGAGUCUGUGGCUCUCACAGACUAUGGCGCUGCCGCCUCCACCGACAAGGACCGCACCCUCGCCGCCUCUGCCCUCCGCGGUGACUGGGACGAAGAUCUCAUCGCCGAACAACUCUCCCGCAACGCCACCUUCCUCGGCACCCCCGGCCUCGCUGCCGUCCGCUCCUCCACCAUCAUCGUCGUCGGCUGUGGUGGCGUCGGCUCCUGGGCCGCCACCAUGCUCGUCCGCUCCGGCGUCGGCAAGAUCCGCCUCAUCGACUUCGACCAAGUCUCCCUCUCCUCCCUCAACCGCCACGCCGUGGCCACGCUCGCCGACGUCGGCACACCAAAGGUCAUCGCGCUGAAAACACACCUGGCCGCCGUGGCACCAUGGGUCGAGAUCGAUGCCCGGAACGAGCUGUGGACGCUGGCCGACGCAGAGACACUCCUGGAGGGCAAUCCGACAUGGGUCGUCGACGCCAUCGACAACAUCGCGACCAAGGUAGACCUCCUCGCCUACUGCCACUCACACGGCCUCAAAGUCAUCUCCGCCAUGGGCGCCGGCUGCAAAUCCGACCCCUCGCGCAUCCAAAUCGGCGACAUCUCCGAGUCCUCCGAGGACCCCCUCUCCCGCUCCACGCGCCGCCGCCUGCGGCAAAAGGGCAUCACCACGGGCAUCCCCACCGUGUACAGCACCGAGAAGCCCGGCCCCGGCAAGGCGUCGCUGCUGCCGCUGUCGGCCGAGGAGUUUGCAAGGGGCGGCGUGGACGAGCUGGCGCCGCUGCCCGAGUUCCGCGUGCGCAUCCUGCCGGUGCUGGGGACGAUGCCGGGCGUGUUUGGGCUGUGCGUGGCUAACCAUGUCAUUGCGAGCAUUGCGGGGUACCCGCUGGAGUACAGCGUGGGGAAGGACCGCGGGAAGCUGUAUGAGGAGAUGAUUGCGCAGCUGGCGGGGCAGGAGAGUAGGCUGCGCGGGAAUGUGCCCGGGCUCAGGGUGCCGCUGAGGGAGGAGGAUGCCGGGUAUGUGGUGGAGGAGGUGUUUAAGGGCCGCAGCGUGGUGAGCGGGUAUUAUACCAGGCUUGUGCUGACGCGGUGGGAGGCGCUGCCGGAGAGGGAGGACGGCGGCGUGUGGGGGAUGGAGGAGCACCGCAUUGGUAUUGACGGCGUCGUGGUCAUGACGAAGGAUGAGGCCAAGAAGCACGAGAAGGAGGUGCUGAAGGGCCGGAAGAGCGCCGUGGACGUGUGGGGGCCGGAGGUGGUUGCCCGCGUGGAGGAGCGCAGGAAGGAGGAGGCCGUGUAUGCGAAGUACCGGUGA